UUUGUGGCGAAUAGAAAGUGGUAUGUAUAGGAAGCUCUUUUCCUGAAGAUCAUCCACACAUAGUUAUGGAAGAUCAUCAUAACUUCUUGGAUUCUAAUAGUGAUGAAGAGAUUAGUAGCAAGGAACAAAAGCUUGAAGCAGCUAAAGGGGAUAUUGGAGAAGCUAGAGAAGAAAGCGAGAAGUUGAAGUUCUUAUUAGCAACUAACCAUAACCAUGAAGAAAGUGAACUUGUGACCCUUUCUCUUGGGAUUUCAUCCCAAGGUAAGCCUACUAGUAAGGAUGAGAAAAAGGAUAGUAAUAGAACUCAAAAGAGGGAAAAUGAGGAUGUGGAUAUAGGACUUGCACUUGGAUUAGAUGUCAGAUUUGACCCUGCACCUGAAACUGAAGCUGCAAUUAGUAAUUUCAGCCAAGAAAGUAGUAGCACUAAUGAGAAAGGGAAGGAAGAAGAACCAGCUGAGAUGUGGCCACCCAGUAAAGUUUUGAAGACAAUGAGAACUGGGGAUAAAAGUACUGAAGCUAAUCCUCAACAUGCUCAUCAGCUCAAGAAGACUAGGGUUUCUAUCAGAGCCAGAUGUGACUCUCCAACGGUAAUGAAUGAUGGGUGCCAAUGGAGAAAAUAUGGACAAAAAAUAGCAAAAGGAAAUCCAUGUCCCCGUGCUUACUAUCGAUGCACUGUCUCUCCAACUUGUCCUGUGAGAAAACAGGUGCAGAGAUGUGCUGAAGAUAUGUCCAUAUUGAUUACCACCUAUGAAGGAGUCCACAAUCACCCACUUCCUCUUUCAGCUACUGCUAUGGCCUCCACAACUUGUGCAGCUGCUUCCAUGCUUCAGUGUCCUUCAUCAUUCAGUUCACAUUCACAACAAGGACUAGAAAGCAAAUAUUCAGAUAUAGCACACAUUAUCAAUAGUUCUUGUGCUGAUGCUUACUGUUACAGUACUACCCCUAAUGCUCUAAACUUCUCUACAUGCCAAAUUUCAAGACCAAAUAAUCAAUUCCACUUCCCCAACUCUUCUAUUUCAAUCUUAAAUUCUCACCCCACAAUCACUCUAGACCUUGCAGCUGCAUCAUCAUCAACUUCCUCUCAUUCUGGAAAAUUUUCUCAAAUACCAAAAUAUUCUUCAACAAAUCUUAAUUUUUCCUCUGGUUUCUCUCCUCUACAAUAUAGCAUCCCACAAUCCCCAUGGAGCAGUUAUAGUAGUGGUAAUUAUUUCAAAUCUGAAGGAACACUAGCACAAAAUAGAAACCAGGGUGGUUACUUGCAUAUGUCUUCCUAUGCUCUUAGGUACUCUCAACAAGGAAACUCGGUCUUAUUUCCACCACCACCACCUUCUAAGAAUAUAUCAUCUAAUAGAAGGUAACCAGCUAUUGUAGCUAUCAAUGACAGGGAAACAACUAAUCAUUAUUUCAAAUGAUAUAUUCAUCAAGAGCAUCACUGAAUGAUUUCUUCUACAAAAGAAUAUGUAUGAAAAUUUCAUUUGCCAGUUUCCAAGGUUUUGUUUUAGCAGUACAAGGAAUGAGGGGCAUUAUUGAGCAGCCUUGAUCACAAUGGUUUUCACUCACAAUUUCCCAAAUUGCAGUGGGAAUGUAAUGCCCAUUCAGAUUUUGUGUUUUCACUUUUCA